GUACCUUCUGGGAAGCAUGGACUGGCAACUCUGGGGACUGGCUCUCUAUCUCCACGUGGCUUUCUCAGCUUCCUGGGAUUGUGUCUCUCGGUGUUCCCUGUGUGUCCUUCACAGCCAGGAUGCAGACAAGCCCAUCGACCCUCUACGCUGCGCUUUGGGGUGCCAAGGUAACUUGGGGUCCAGUGUCGAAUGGGGGAAAUGUGAGGAAAUCCUCUCGGUCUUAACUUCCUUUCCGAUGGAGGAGGACGACACUGGCAGAUCCCAGAGUGUCCUCACCAAGGGAGAUGUCAGCCACUCCUACGGGGGCUUCUUCCAGAGGAUCGGGGAGAGGGCAGGCCCAGAGCCAGAGGCAGACGAAGACAAUCUAGAGAUGCUGGAUAUUAGAGAUGUGGUCUCUCGCCGAGAGGGAGAACCAGAUCUGAGCUCUCUCAAGGCAGAGAGGAAACGCUACGGAGGCUUCCUCCGCAAGUUCCCCAAGCGAGGCUCCGGGGUGGUGGGUACCGAGGAGGAGGAGGAGGAAGAGGAGGAGGAGGAUGGGAGUGACCUGGAGGAGCUACAAAAACGUUACGGGGGCUUCAUGCGCAGGAUCCGUCCCAAACUCAAGUGGGACAAGCAGAAACGCUACGGCGGGUUCCUGCGCCGCCAGUUCAAGGUGACCACAAGAUCAGCAGGAGGGCCCAAGGCCACCUCCGAGGAGCUGGCUGACCUAUAA